AUGACUGAGUUCGAUGAGGCGCUUCAAAGAAUCCACAUGGAGAUCUCCAGUGAUGCUCGACCGGCUCAGACUCGAAAAGCCAUCCUAGAUGCGCUGGAGCCCUACACGCACGCGGAGGGCAAGAAGAAGAAGGAGUUGACUGCCGCCAUGAUCACCCGCGCCACCGGCCGCGCAGUCAACCGGUUCUUCUACCAGAUGAUGGACGCUAAAAUGCGCCAGAGCAACUUCUGGGACAAGCGCGUUAAAAACUGCGAGCAGCCCCGCCUAAGACCCCGAUGCGGAAGCGCUAAAGCGCCAGCAGCGGCACCUCAACCCACGGGGCGAGCGUGCGAAGAAGGCCCCCGAAAAACCUCGAAAGAUAUUGUUGUUGUA